AUGAUACUUUCUGCAUUUACAAUGAUAUUUUGUUUACUUGUCACAAGACAAAAGCCAUCAACACCCCCUUCAGCUUCUUCAGAUUGUGAUAAACCAGAAUUUUCUAACGGACUCUUCCUUUUAUUUAAUUCUCGUACUUUUCUUAUUCAAACACUUACUUUUGGAAUGGCUUUUGCUCUUCAAUGGUCAAUCUUCUUUACUGCUUCCAAACAACUUGUAGUUUUAGGUUUUGACAACAAUAAAAUAAAUUCUGGCGACCUUCUAGCUUCUUCUUCUUUUGCUGGCACUCUUUCUACUAUUUUUGGUGGUUGGAUAGUUGACCGUACUAAAAAAUUUAAUGAAUUUAUUAAAUGUUCAUAUAUUGGAAUUGCCAUUACUGCAACUUCAUUGAAUUUUUUAUUGCGCAAUCCUUUAAUAUUCGAUAGAAUAUUUGUAUUAAUUGCUUUGUUUAUAUUUUUUACAAUAUUGGGAAUAUUUACUAUUCCUGUUUUCCCAAUAAGUCUUGAAUUAGGAGUAGAAAGUACAUUUCCAGUUGCAGAAGCUUCUUCCUCUGGAAUACUUGUUAUUGCUGGACAACUACAACUAUUUUUGCUAACUUUUACUAUGCAGUCCUUAGAAUCUGUCGAUUGGAUAUACGGAGAUAAAAGAAAUUAUAAAUUGGCAAUUGAUUUCUGGACAUUGAGUGCAGUAUUAGGAGCUAUCUUUUCGUUUUUACUUCUACGACCGAGGUUUGAAAUUUAUUUUGAUUCUAAAAUUAUUUUUUAA